AUGCAGAUACUAGCUGAGGAAAAAUGCAUACCAAUUGCCAGCCUUGAACCUAAACUCCACGAAUGGUGCAUUCGAGUGUUAGUUGCUGAAAAAACUCCAGUAAGAACACUUCAAUCUGGAAAGACACAACUGAAGCUUGUGUUCAUCGAUGACGAGCACACCAAAAUAAAAUGCAUAGUUUUCCAUCCAGAUGCUCCAGAUUUGGACGAAGUUCUGAAAUUGUAUAAAACCUAUUAUAUUGGCAAUGGGAAAAUCAUACCGCUGAAUAGAAAUUUUCCCAUUAUGGUGGAUUACAAGUAUCAAAUGAUCUUCAACAGAAGCGCAAACAUCAAGGCAACUGAAAAAGAAGAAGAGCUUCCAUUGGAUAAUGUUUAUCAGUUGACUCCGUUCGCACAAUUUCCGGAUUUCAUGGGCUCAUCAGAAGACAAAGUUGAUAAAUCUCUCUUUUUUGUACUAUGA